GGCUUAUUGAGAGUUAUAUCAAGAAUUUCAGUUCAGAGAGAGAGACUGAGAGAGAGAGAGAGAGAGAGAGAGAAGGAGAAGGAGAGAGCGUCUGUGAAGGAGAGAGGCUGGGAGGGAGGGAAGAAGGGAGGGAAGAGGGAAAGCGCCGCCGCUUCCUCCCAUCACUAAAGCAAUAACCUAUUAGGAUUUUUUAUUUUUUUUUUAAUGGGCAACUGUCACCCCAGAGCUAAAGAGAGAGAAGAGAAGCACCUUCAGACCAACUCUUGCCAUUUCCAGUCAGAAGUUGCAGACUUCAUGUAGCUGCCUCUCCUCUGCCGAGAGAGGGAUAGGAAUGGUGUGCAGUGCAGAGCGGAAAAUACCCCCCCUUUAAGAAGUGCAGCGGAUUUUUGUCUUGCUGUUUGUUUGGGUUGUUGCGUGCACGUUAGACACCCAAAGGAUCGCCGCUUCAUAGGAAUGAAACGUGGAGAGGAUGACUAACGACAGAACUGUGUAUUUGUUCCCUGGAGUUGCUAAUUUGCCACCCCGAAGCAACACAUAUCUCGAGGACGAAGCGUUUGGCUGCUGCUGAUUUCUCCAAAACUGGUGGUUUACCAGAUGCGUUGUGCUGUAUCUGCUGGAACAGAUCAUUGCUUAGCUGCAGAUCGUCAAAGAUAGACAACUAACCGAUGUCUCCAAAUAAGAAAUGAGAUGUAAUGCAUCCUGCAGUCCAUGCAUGCCUCCUCUUGCAAAUCACUCGUCAUUCCACUCUGGAAACCUUUAAGUCCUAAAAUCCGUGAAAAGAGAAUAAAAGCAUUAUCAUGGACCUGAGGGAUUUUUACCUGUUGGCUGCUCUGAUUGCCUGUUUAAGGCUGGAUUCUGCUCUAGCUCAAGAACUUAUUUACACUAUUAGAGAGGAGCUGCCUGAAAACGUACCCAUAGGGAACAUACCAAAGGACCUGAACAUUUCUCAUAUCAAUGCUGCCACAGGGACCAGUGCCAGCCUUGUCUACAGACUGGUGUCUAAAGCGGGGGAUGCGCCGCUGGUCAAAGUGUCCAGUAACACGGGGGAAAUUUUUACAACAUCUAACAGAAUAGACAGAGAAAAACUCUGUGCUGGAGCUUCCUAUGCAGAAGAAAAUGAGUGUUUCUUUGAACUUGAAGUGGUGAUUCUCCCUAAUGACUUCUUUAGGCUGAUCAAAAUAAAAAUCAUUGUAAAGGAUACUAAUGACAAUGCACCUAUGUUUCCAUCCCCCGUCAUCAAUAUCUCCAUCCCAGAAAACACUCUGAUCAACAGUCGUUUUCCAAUCCCAUCAGCAACAGAUCCUGACACAGGUUUCAACGGUGUGCAGCACUAUGAGUUGUUAAACGGGCAGAGUGUCUUUGGACUGGAUAUUGUAGAAACUCCAGAAGGAGAGAAAUGGCCUCAGCUGAUUGUGCAGCAGAACUUGGACAGAGAGCAAAAGGACACCUACGUGAUGAAAAUCAAAGUAGAGGACGGAGGUACCCCCCAGAAAUCCAGCACAGCUAUCCUGCAAGUCACAGUAAGUGAUGUCAAUGAUAACAGGCCAGUCUUUAAAGAGAGUCAAGUAGAGGUCCAUAUACCAGAGAAUGCCCCUGUAGGCACUUCUGUAAUUCAGCUUCAUGCUACAGAUGCUGAUAUAGGAAGCAAUGCAGAAAUCAGAUAUAUUUUUGGUGCCCAAGUCGCCCCUGCAACCAAAAGAUUUUUUGCUUUAAACAACACCACAGGGCUGAUUACAGUUCAGAGGUCCUUAGAUCGAGAAGAGACUGCUAUUCACAAAGUGACAGUGCUGGCUAGUGAUGGUAGCUCUACACCAGCCCGAGCAACUGUCACCAUCAAUGUCACUGAUGUAAAUGAUAACCCUCCUAACAUAGACCUCAGGUACAUAAUAAGUCCCAUCAAUGGCACAGUGUACUUAUCUGAGAAAGAUCCCAUCAAUACAAAGAUUGCCCUAAUUACAGUUUCAGAUAAGGAUACUGAUGUGAAUGGCAAAGUGAUCUGUUUCAUUGAGAGAGAGGUCCCCUUCCACCUGAAAGCGGUUUACGACAACCAGUACUUGUUAGAGACCUCUUCUUUGUUGGACUAUGAGGGCACCAAAGAAUUCAGCUUUAAAAUUGUGGCUUCUGAUUCUGGCAAGCCCAGUUUGAACCAGACUGCCCUGGUAAGAGUUAAGCUGGAGGAUGAAAAUGACAACCCUCCGAUUUUCAGCCAGCCUGUAAUUGAGCUGUCAGUUUCUGAAAACAACCGGCGUGGUCUAUACUUAACAACUAUUAGUGCCACAGAUGAAGACAGUGGGAAAAAUGCAGACAUUGUUUAUCAGCUUGGUCCUAAUGCCUCCUUUUUUGAUCUGGAUCGAAAGACAGGAGUUUUGACAGCCUCCAGAGUUUUUGACAGAGAAGAGCAGGAGCGUUUCAUUUUCACUGUUACAGCCCGAGACAACGGCACCCCUCCUUUGCAGAGUCAAGCGGCUGUAAUUGUUACCGUGUUGGAUGAAAAUGACAACAGUCCCAAAUUUACUCAUAAUCAUUUCCAGUUUUUUGUAUCAGAGAACUUGCCAAAGUAUAGCACAGUGGGGGUGAUCACAGUGACUGAUGCGGAUGCUGGGGAAAAUAAAGCAGUGACCCUUUCCAUCCUGAAUGACAAUGAAAACUUUGUGCUGGAUCCGUAUUCUGGAGUUAUAAAGUCCAAUGUUUCCUUUGAUCGAGAACAGCAGAGCUCUUACACCUUUGAUGUUAAAGCAGUGGAUGGAGGGCAACCUCCUCGCUCUUCUACAGCGAAAGUAACCAUAAAUGUGAUGGAUGUUAACGAUAACAGCCCCGUUGUCAUCUACCCACCUUCUAAUACUUCUUUUAAGCUAGUGCCACUCUCAGCAAUUCCAGGAUCGGUGGUAGCUGAAGUCUUUGCUGUGGAUAUAGAUACUGGCAUGAAUGCUGAGCUGAAGUACACAAUUGUAAGCGGCAAUAACAAGGGUUUGUUUCGGAUUGAUCCAGUGACAGGUAAUAUCACUCUGGAAGAAAAACCAACUCCUAAUGAUGUGGGGCUGCAUCGCCUAGUUGUCAACAUAAGUGAUUUGGGUUAUCCCAAAUCCCUGCAUACUCUUGUGCUUGUAUUUUUGUAUGUAAAUGAUACUGCUGGAAACGCCUCUUAUAUUUAUGACUUGAUACGCAGGACUAUGGAAACCCCUCUGGAUCGGAACAUAGGGGACAGCAGCCAACCCUACCAAAAUGAGGACUAUCUCACGAUCAUGAUUGCUAUUGUAGCAGGUGCCAUGGUUGUCAUAGUGGUGAUAUUUGUCACAGUUCUUGUUCGAUGUCGACACGCAUCCAGAUUCAAAGCUGCCCAGAGGAGCAAGCAAGGUGCUGAGUGGAUGUCUCCCAAUCAGGAGAACAAGCAAAACAAGAAAAAGAAAAGGAAGAAAAGGAAAUCUCCAAAGAGCUCUCUUUUGAACUUUGUGACAAUUGAAGAGUCCAAACCUGAUGAUGCAGUUCAUGAACCUAUCAACGGGACAAUAAGCCUUCCAGCAGAGCUGGAGGAGCAAAGUAUAGGAAGAUUUGAUUGGGGCACAGCACCACCAACAACCUUUAAGCCUAACAGUCCUGAUCUUGCCAAGCAUUACAAAUCUGCCUCUCCGCAGUCUGCUUUUCAUCUCAAACCUGACACUCCAGUUUCAGUGAAAAAGCACCAUGUGAUUCAGGAACUCCCGUUGGACAACACCUUUGUUGGUGGUUGUGACACCCUUUCCAAACGCUCUUCCACUAGUUCAGAUCACUUCAGUGCCUCAGAGUGCAGUUCCCAAGGAGGCUUCAAGACAAAGGGCCCCUUACACACCAGACAGGCACUGAAUUUUGGAGAUAUGCCGAAGUACUUGUGGGAGAUUUGGGUACCUGACAAACCAUGGGUGUCCCAGCGCCGUGUUACAUUUCACCUCCCUGAUGGCUCCCAGGAAAGCUGCAGUGACAGUGGUCUGGGAGACCACGAGCCAGUGGGUGGUGGAACCCUGAUCUCACACCCUCUCCCUCUGGUUCAGCCGCAGGACGAAUUCUACGACCAGGCUUCACCAGACAAGAGGACUGAAGCUGAUGGCAAUUCUGACCCCAACUCGGAUGGGCCUCUUGGACCACGAGGAUUAGCUGAAGCUACAGAGAUGUGUACUCAAGAAUGCCUGGUUUUGGGUCACUCAGACAACUGUUGGAUGCCUCCUAGCUUGGGCCCAUACCAACAGCCAAAGUCUCCUCUCUCCACCUUUGGACCUCAGAAAGAAUGGGUUAAGAAGGACAAACUAGUUAAUGGACACACAUUGACCAGGACCUGGAAAGAAGAUAGCAACAGAAAUCAGUUCAGUGACCGAAAGCAGUAUGGUUCCAGUGAGGGCCAUUUCAACACUGGCAACCACAUGACUGACAUUCCUCUGGCCAACUUGAAGUCUUAUAAACAGGCCUCAGGAGCUGUGGAGAGUCCAAAGGAACACCAGCUAUAAGAAAUUAUUACUUUGGACCCAUGACUUUAGCCUACUUAGACUUGCUAAUACUAUGUGUGUGUCAGAGCUUUAUGUACUGGAUAGACCUCUAGAACUAUGCUUCACCUAGCAGAGAUAUGCAUAUCUUUAUGUUAGCGUUGUGGAAGGUAUGAUGUCCUGCAACAUGAAAGAGUGUUUCUACUAGUUGUGUGGUUUUGUUAAAUAGACAUGAUUAAAAUCUGCAGAGACCUCUCCAGUUUGCAAAUAUUCUUUUUUUGUUUUUUUUUUUGGUUUUGACCCUGGACUGCUGCUAUGAACAACAGAAGAUGCAUUUGGAGAGUGAGAGAGCAUGAAAGUUCAGUGGAUUGCAAAGAUUGAAAAGCAUAUCCAGUUCGAAAAUUGUACUUUUGUUGUCAUUGAUCUAUGCUGGGACCUUUAUACUUGAGAUCAUAUUGCAAACAAUUGAAGCUAAACAUUAAACCUAUUGUGCUAUUAACAAUGUUAGUGGACACUUAUAAGUCAAUCAGCGUUCAAAUACUUGUAAAUAGAAACAAUUAUUACUUACAACUUUUGUGUACUUAUAAUGUUCACUUGAAAAGAUACUGUAGCAUAUUUCUGUGUUUCACAGUUGCUUUUUAAUUUCUUUCAUUGGCUUUCUAUUGUUUUGCUUUUAUUUUCAGUGAUGGUGUUUCUGUGUUAGUAGUCUGUCUGACACACAAUGUUCCAAGGAACUCAAACCACUUGUGUUAAAAGUGAUGGGGUGGGAAGAAAGGUUGGUUGCAGAAAGGGAAAAAGAAAAAUUUCUUUCUAUGUAGUAGCAAAUCAUGCCAGCAUUCAGGUAGAAUUUCUUCUUUUAUUUUUAUUAUUUUAUUUUAUUUUAUUUUAUUUUAUAUUAAGAAGUGAAAGAACUUGUGUAAGGGCUUAAAAUCUUAGCAGUUUUUUGUUUCAUUUCCAUUAUGUUUCAUAAAACAGGGAAAUUGCAAAACAAAAGAAUAUUUAAAUGUGUGGUGGCAGGUGAGGGGGAAAGCUAUUCAUUUGGGAUCCUAGAUCAAAUUAGCUGUAGUCUGUCAUUUAAUGAGUGGUAGCUGAUGUUGAUCCCAGCUGAAAUACAUGGAGGAAAUUCUACAGGAGCAAAAUACAGUAAUAAUGUUUUUCCAAUUGGGCAGGUGUGUGUCUAUACCUAAGACAGUAUGUAUUGCUGAAACAGCAGCAUUUGUGUUGAUCUUCAUCUGCGUUAACGUUGUAGUAACACAAGUGUUUUUAGACCAUAGCCACAGAAUAUUUAAUGUGUUGUGCCUUCAUGAUGUAACAGAGCAUUCUCCUGGUAGGCUAGUUGGGGGAAACUAAAGGGUUAAAUCUCUAAUUAUUGCUGUUUAACUGUUUGUUAUCAUAGUUGGUCAAUGCCUGGCAGGUACCAGUAUCACGUCACCUCAGUCAAACGAGUAGAGUGACUCCUAAUGUUAGUGAGAUCUAAGUUGCACGCAAAGCAAAUCCAAAUCCAAACAUUUUUAGAUGGUUUUUUUUAAGGCAUGAAAGAUGAUUUACACAAAUAAAUAGCAUGCAAAACAAAAAAAGUCCAUACAGAAAAAAAUCAAAAGUUACUUAUGCCACAGUGAAACAUCAGUCUUAAAGUAACAAAUUUAGCUAAUCUGAAGGUGAUUUUAUUCUUACUGAAAACACAAGCUUUUCUUUUCUUUCUUUAUUCUUUUGUAUAUAGCAGUUUACUUUUUUUCCCUCCACAGUAUAAAAGGCUUAAAAUGGGCUAGGGGUGCAUUGCUUAUGGCAGUACUUAUGUCAGUUUGUGAGGGGUGUUUGAUGACUUUGACAGAAUAAAUAUCUAACCAGUUAUCCUUGUUACUGCUUUGCCAGUUCAACAUUAUUUAGUUAUUCAGCUUUUGCAAUAAAUGUUCUGAAUUCCUGAUUGUGUUGUGUUAGUUCUUGGGCAGAUGCCUUAGGGACUUUAUUCCCAUUAAUUUCUCUUCCUUUCUGUUAUUGUUGGUUGGUUUGUUUCUUUGCUUCGUUCUGAAUUUCCAGUUAUUUUUCUAAGCAUGUCAUGGUCCAUUUGGUUCAUAUAGAUAUGUAUAAGACUGGAAUAUGCAACAAAUGAUAAAUCCUGAAGGCUGUAUUCUGUCAUUCCUAUGCAAGUAGGAACUUAUUCAAAAUGAGUUAUUUGAAUUGGAUAAAGUGUUACUUAGCACAAAAGUGACAGGAUCUAGCCCAGAUUUGUCAGACAUAUGUAGGCACAUGUAAUAAGCAUCCUUGCAUGAGUCUUUGUACAAGUAUGGGGGUAGCAUAUAGGAAAGUCAGCACACCUUAGUCCUUUUUUUGAGAGUAGAAUAAAGUCAUAUCAAAAUACAGUAAAUUCUUUUCCGUAAGGAAAAUUUGUGUGGUUAUAUAACCAUUUUUGUUGCAGCACAGUUAAAAAAAAAAAAAAAA